GAUGUACCUGCAGAUAUGGUUGCAGAAGAAUCAGGUCCUGGUGCACAAAAUAGUCCAUACCAACUUCGUAGAAAAACUCUUUUGCCGAAAAGAACAGCGUGUCCUACAAAGAGCAGUAUGGAGGGUGCCUCAACUUCUACUACAGAAAACUUCGGUCAUCGUGCAAAACGUGCAAGAGUAUCUGGAAAAUCACAAGAUCUAUCAGCAGCACCUGCAGAACAGUAUCUUCAGGAGAAAUUGCCAGAUGAAGUGGUUCUAAAAAUCUUCUCUUACUUACUGGAACAAGACCUUUGUAGAGCAGCUUGUGUGUGUAAACGCUUCAGUGAACUUGCUAAUGAUCCAAUUUUGUGGAAACGAUUAUACAUGGAAGUAUUUGAAUAUACCCGUCCUAUGAUGCAUCCAGAACCUGGUAAAUUCUAUCAGAUUAAUCCAGAAGAAUAUGAGCAUCCAAAUCCUUGGAAAGAGAGUUUCCAGCAGUUGUAUAAAGGUGCACAUGUAAAGCCAGGAUUUGCUGAGCAUUUCUACAGUAACCCUGCAAGAUACAAAGGAAGAGAAAAUAUGUUGUAUUAUGAUACCAUUGAAGAUGCCCUUGGUGGGGUUCAAGAAGCUCAUUUUGAUGGACUUAUCUUUGUUCAUUCUGGAAUAUAUACUGAUGAAUGGAUAUAUAUUGAAUCCCCAAUCACCAUGAUUGGUGCAGCACCUGGAAAAGUAGCAGAUAAAGUUAUAAUUGAAAACACUAGAGAUUCUACCUUUGUUUUUAUGGAAGGUUCUGAAGAUGCUUAUGUUGGAUAUAUGACAAUAAGGUUUAACCCUGAUGACAAAUCUGCUCAACACCACAAUGCACACCACUGCUUAGAGAUUACAGUUAACUGUAGCCCUAUUAUCGAUCACUGUAUCAUUCGAAGUACAUGUACAGUUGGCUCUGCAGUAUGUGUUAGUGGUCAAGGAGCAUGUCCCACCAUCAAGCACUGUAAUAUCAGUGAUUGUGAAAAUGUGGGACUUUAUAUAACAGACCAUGCACAGGGAAUUUAUGAGGAUAAUGAAAUUUCAAAUAAUGCUUUAGCUGGGAUUUGGGUAAAAAAUCAUGGCAACCCAAUUAUUAGACGGAAUCAUAUUCACCAUGGGCGUGACGUUGGUGUAUUCACAUUUGAUCAUGGCAUGGGUUACUUUGAAAGUUGCAAUAUACACAGAAACAGGAUAGCAGGCUUUGAAGUAAAAGCCUAUGCUAACCCCACUGUGGUUCGAUGUGAAAUUCACCAUGGUCAGACUGGAGGAAUAUAUGUCCAUGAAAAAGGAAGAGGACAGUUCAUAGAGAAUAAAAUCUACGCAAACAACUUUGCAGGUGUAUGGAUUACCUCAAAUAGUGAUCCAACAAUAAGGGGUAAUUCUAUAUUUAAUGGAAAUCAAGGCGGUGUGUACAUCUUUGGUGAUGGGCGAGGCCUUAUUGAAGGAAAUGACAUUUAUGGCAAUGCAUUAGCAGGAAUUCAAAUUAGGACAAACAGUUGUCCAAUUGUUCGACAUAACAAAAUUCAUGAUGGCCAGCAUGGUGGGAUUUAUGUGCAUGAAAAAGGACAAGGAGUAAUAGAAGAGAAUGAAGUCUACAGUAAUACUUUGGCAGGAGUCUGGGUGACAACCGGCAGCACUCCAGUUCUGAGAAGAAACAGGAUACACAGUGGCAAGCAGGUUGGUGUUUAUUUUUAUGACAAUGGACAUGGCGUGCUAGAGGACAAUGAUAUAUAUAAUCAUAUGUAUUCAGGGGUUCAGAUAAGGACUGGAAGCAAUCCCAAAAUUAGACGCAACAAAAUCUGGGGAGGACAGAAUGGUGGAAUUCUAGUUUAUAACUCUGGUUUAGGCUGUAUUGAAGACAAUGAAAUAUUUGACAAUGCAAUGGCUGGAGUCUGGAUUAAAACAGAUAGUAAUCCUACACUAAGAAGAAAUAAAAUUCAUGAUGGAAGAGAUGGUGGCAUCUGUAUAUUUAAUGGGGGCCGAGGUCUCCUUGAAGAAAAUGAUAUUUUCAGGAAUGCUCAAGCAGGUGUACUCAUCAGCACUAAUAGUCAUCCAGUCUUAAGGAAAAACAGAAUAUUUGAUGGAUUUGCUGCAGGUAUUGAAAUUACAAAUCAUGCAACUGCAACACUAGAAGGCAAUCAGAUUUUUAACAACCGGUUUGGAGGCUUAUUUUUAGCAUCUGGUGUUAAUGUGACAAUGAAAGAUAACAAAAUAAUGAACAAUCAAGACGCCAUAGAAAAGGCUGUUAGUAGAGGCCAAUGUUUAUAUAAAAUAUCAAGUUACACCAGCUAUCCCAUGCAUGAUUUUUACAGAUGUCACACCUGUAACACCACAGAUCGAAAUGCCAUAUGUGUGAACUGCAUUAAGAAGUGCCAUCAGGGACAUGAUGUAGAAUUUAUUAGACAUGAUAGGUUUUUCUGUGACUGUGGUGCUGGAACACUGUCUAAUCCUUGUACAUUAGCUGGUGAGCCUACACAUGAUACAGAUACACUAUAUGACUCUGCUCCACCUAUAGAAUCUAAUACAUUGCAGCACAACUGAAUUCCUUCCCUAAAGAAAAAGUCCUGCCAUUCUAACAUCAUAACUUAAAACUUUUUAUUUGGAAGAAGAUUUAAAAUAUUUGCCCAUGCUACAGGAAGAGACUGUAUUUAAAAUGGAUACACAAGGUCAGUUGACACUAUGAAGCUCAAGCUACCAAAAAGAAAGUGGCAAUAUAUUGACUCAGGAUCUCAAAGCUGGGUGUUUUAGCAUUACUGUGUAAAGACUUUUGAAGGGACAGAGUGAAGAAAGUAAGCUGCAAUUUUGUACAGAUACCAACUUCUGAAAAGCUGGUGUUUUUACAACUAGCAUUGAAUGCAGUCCAAUUUGCAGUAGUAAUCGUCAAUAGACAAGCAGCUUUGUUGCUGCCUUUAUGGACAUGGGUACCAAUUGCUUUUGUAAUAUGGUAAAAUGUGAGCUAGCACUUCUGCGUUUCUUUUGAUUUUUUUAAACAUGUAUUCAGAUUGAAAAAUAUGAUUUUAAUGCUUUAAUCUCAUGUAGUUUGUUUUUAAUUUCAAGCAAAAUCUUAUUGUACUUGAAUGUGCCCUGUUUUGUUAGCACACCUAGACUUGCUGUAACUGUACUCAUGUCCCAGUAUGUACGUUCUUUCUAUGAAAGAGAAAACACUAAUCUUAAAUUAUAUCCAGCAAUGUUUCUGGUAUCCUUUAAGAAAAGUUAAUACUAUUAUUUCCUUCCCUUCCCUGUGCAACAUUCAAAAACCACCCACCCCUAGAAAAAGUGAGUGUUUUAUUGAGACUUCCUAGGAAGGGAUGCACUGUAAAACAAAAGUAUUCUUGUAACUCAGUUUUGUGAAAGAUAAAAACUACUAUGUUUUAAAGUACACUUUAGAAAGUCUCUUCAAAACAGUCCUGUAUUUGAACUCUGUUCAUAGUUUUUUUUUUGAACAGUUUAGACAAACUGCUGGAAAUUAAAACAAUUUCCUGCAUUAACAAGUAUAUAUAUAUAUACAGCCCUAUACAGUUUCAUAGUCCCCCCCCCCAUUUAUGUGUAUUGGUGACAGUGGGUAUAAACAGCCUGAAAGUGUAUGCAUGUACCAUAACAUCUAGACUUAAUAUAUUGUGGAGUAUUCAAUAACCAUUAUGUAGAAGGUAGAUAAGAAUUAAAAGGGUUUAAUUUCCUAGAAAGAAAAUGGAAAAAUGGUCAUUUUUAAAAAAUAAAGUUUAUUAGAUCAUAA